AUGCUAUUUCGAGUUUCUCCCUCCUGCAGGAGAGCGUUUGGCAGAAUGGACGGCGGAAUCGACGGCCGUAAGCGAGAUCCGCGCGUCGUCGCACGGCGAAACCGUCGUCCGCGCGUCGUCGCACGGCGGAAUCGUCGUUCACGCGUCAUCGCACCGUCCGCGCGUCGUCGCACGGCGAAAUUGUCGUCGUCUGCCCGUCGUCGCUUGGCGAAAUCGUCGUCCGCAAGUCGUCGCACGGCGAAAUCGUCGUCCACGCGUCAUCGCACGGCGAAAUCGUCGUCCGAGCGUCGUCGCACGGCGAAAUCGUCGUCGUCUGCCCGUCGUCGCUCGGCGAAAUCGUCGUCUGCGCGUCGUCGCACGGCGAAAUCGUCGACCGCGCGUCGUCGCACAGCGAAAUCGUCGUCCGCGCGUCGGCGCACUUCGAAAUCGUCGUCCGCUCGUCGUCGCACGACGAAAUCUCCGUCCGCGCGUCGUCGCACUUCGAAAUCGUCGUCUGCGCGUCGUCGCUUGGCGAAAUCGCUGUCUGCGCGUCGUCGCACGGCGAAAUCGUCGUCCGCGAUUCGUUUCAUAGCGAAAUGGUCGCACGGCUGUGCGUCCCGUUGA